GUCCCAACUGAAGUAAUAAUGUUGCCAACAACCAAUACCAAAUCCCCUCUCUCCAGUCUCUCUCUCUCUCUCUCUCUAUUUGACCAUAUAUACCGAUCUCACUCCACUCUUGAUCUCCCUCCAAACUCAAUACCGAUCUCAUUUACAGAUCCUGGCAAGUUUUGCACAUUCCGGCCAUUUGUCGGCAAAAAUUAGAGGUAAAAUACAAGGCAAUUAACCGACUAUUGAAGAAAUACUGAUCGUAGUGCUUGCUCAUGGCUACUUCAUCCAAUCAGCCGGGCGAGAAUAUGGCCGUCAACACUUCAGAACCAGAGAAGAAGGAAUACUCGAGAUACUUGCCACUCUAUAAAGCUGUACUCCGAGGGGAUUGGGAGACCGCCCAAAGAUUCUUCGACCAAGAUCCAGGCGCUCUCACAGCCCCAAUCAAUGAAUUUUCAGAGACAGCACUUUUCGUAGCAGCUGUGGAGGGAAGAAAUACAAACAAUUUCGUUAAGAAGUUGGUGGAUAAGAUGCCACCAGGUAGUGUUGACGAGGCCUAUGGCAGUGUUCUGAAAUUGGCUACGCAAGUCGGAAACACUGAAGCCGUAAAAGGCAUUCUGUCAAAAAACCCGUCUCUGUUAUAUUACAGGGAAGAUGAUAAGUGGACUCUGUUUGCCCAGGCUGCUUCGAAUGGUAUGAGGGACACCCUUUUAUAUUUGUUGGAGUUGGUUAAGAAUGAAGAGGAUUCCUCUAAGCUCUUCCCCGAUGAGGAUUCUGCUGCUUUCCUUAUGGCCGAGACAAUAUGUUCCGGAUUUUAUGAUAUCGCUUUGUAUUUGGUUAAAAAAUAUCCGCUUUUAGCUGUCUCAAAAAAAUAUCCGCUUUUAGCUGUCUCAAAACAAGAUACUGGUGUAGUAGUCUCUGGAUUGGAUUUAUUGGCUAUAAAGGCUUCUGCAUUCAAGAGUGGCACUCACUAUCGAUGGUGGCAACGCAUAAUCUAUGCUCAUGUUCCUGUGAAGUCGGUCGACUGCAUUAUAAGCCCCACCCUGCAGACAGUUUUAGUUGAGAAUCCAGUUGACCGCGCUGAUCAAGUUAUGGGACGGAGUUCUUACAAUUGGACUAGACUUUUCGUGGAAUACUUCUGCAUUUCCGUGCCUUGUAUUAAACACAUCCAAAAGCAAAAAGAGAUGCAUCUUCAAACUCUUGAGCUGCUCAAGUGUUUCUGUAAGGGAAUUGCAUCUCUACCAGACUCAGCCAAGCACAGGUCACUUACACAUCAUGCAAUCCUUUCGGCUGCAAAGAAUGGGAUUCCCGAGAUUGUACAUGAAAUUGUGGAAUCAUUUCCUUCUGUACUUGGGACUGUAGACUCCACAGGCCGGCGUGUAUUUGAGAAGGCGGUUUUAGAGCGUCAAGAGCAUACAUUCAACCUUAUAUAUCAAAUGGGAAAGUAUUCUCGACAACUUGCCCUACAUAAGUAUGAUAAAGGCAACCACAUCCUGCACUUGGCUGGAAAACUAGCACCUCCAACCAAACUCAGCCAAAUUUCUGGUGCAGCUCUGCAAAUGCAACUUGAGUUACAGUGGUUUGAGGCAGUGAAGCAACUUAUGAGUCCCAGAGAUAUAGAUUGGAAAAAUAAAGAUCAGAAAACUCCUGCAAUGAUAUUUACUGAAGAACAUAAGAAACUAGUAGCUGAAGGAGAAAAAUGGAUGAAAGACACAGCAAACUCAUGCACAAUUCCGGCUGCACUCAUUGUCACCAUGGUAUUUGCGGCUGCAAUCACUGUUCCAGGCGGGAUCAAUGGUACAAAUGGUGUACCGGUUUUCAAUAAGGAAGUGGCAUUUAAUAUCUUUGCUGUUUCCGAUGCAAUCUCGUUAUUCACAUCAACCACUUCUUUGUUGGUGUUCUUGUCCAUCCUCACUUCCCGCUAUGCCGAGCGUGAUUUUCUCUUUGCUCUUCCAAAUAGGCUUAUAAUUGGGUUGUUCACCCUUUUCGUCUCGAUUACGGCAAUGUUGAUAGCCUUCAGUUGUGCGAUCUAUCUUCUGUUUGGGAACAGGGCAUGGAUACUUUAUCCGGUGGCAGGGUUAGCAUGCGUCCCAAUCAUUUCCUUCGCCUCCCUACAGUACCCUCUCCUUCGAGAUCUCAUGAAGUCAACAUAUGGCCCUGGAAUUUUCGGUAAACAAAGUGAGGUUCCCUUUUAUAAUUGAGAUGCAUGCGAUAUAAAUAAUCGAUCAUGGGCGGCAUAAAUUUUGUCUGCCAAUUCUUUUGUUGCUUUGACUGAAAGGGAAGUUUCUGUAUCAGUUCUUGGAUGCAUGUGAAAAACAUGUUUGUAAUAAUAUGUCAAUUGGCAUAAUUUAAUUUCUAUAUAAGAUAGCCGGUAUUAUUGAUUUUCAA